GCCCCGGCCUCGCCGCACUCGCCGCUGCCGCCCGAGCGGAGCCGCAGCCUGCAGCGCCAUUGCCGCCCUCAGCCCGCUAUGGCAGGAAAAGCAGCUGAUGAGGCUGGUUUUACCGGUUAAUUUGAAGUUGCUUCUUUAUCACCAUUCAGGAGCCCUCAUCCAAACAAUGUCAUUGUGCCAUUGAUGCUAAUGAUACUUAAAAGAGCAACUCCGAUGCCCCAGCUGGAUUACUGAGCAUUUCAGAGAUACCUGGACGUGCUGCUGUGGGAAUAAGGAAUUGUCCUUAGUCCUUGGCCCCUCACCCCAGAGCAUCCCCUUGGGGGCUGUAUGCAAGUCCUUGACGUUCUGGAAACGAUGGGGAUUGGUAAGAAUACCACUUCAAAAUCAGUGGAGGCAGGAGGCUCGACAGAAGGCAAAUAUGAGGAUGAAACUAAACAUCCCACCUUUUUCACCCUGCCUGUGGUGAUAAAUGGUGGAGCAACAUCCAGUGGUGACCAGGAUACAGAAGACACCGAGCUGAUGGCCAUCUAUACUACAGAAAAUGGCAUAGCAGAGAAGAGCUCUUUGGCAGAGACACUGGACAGCAGCGGCAGUUUAGAUGCCCAGAGAACUGACAUGAUUUACACCAUCGAAGACGUCCCUCCCUGGUAUCUCUGCAUAUUUUUGGGGUUACAGCAUUACUUGACAUGCUUCAGUGGAACUAUAGCAGUGCCCUUUCUGCUAGCUGAUGCCAUGUGUGUUGGAUUUGACCAGUGGGCUACCAGCCAGUUGAUUGGGACCAUUUUCUUCUGUGUGGGCAUCACUACAUUGCUGCAAACGACUUUUGGGUGCAGGUUACCCUUGUUUCAAGCGAGUGCUUUUGCAUUCUUAGCACCUGCUAGAGCAAUACUGUCCCUGGAGAAGUGGAAGUGUAAUAACACAGAUCUAACAGUUACAAAUGGAACAACAGAACUGCUUCACACUGAGCACAUCUGGUAUCCCAGAAUACGAGAGAUCCAAGGUGCUAUUAUCAUGUCCUCCUUGAUAGAAGUGGUGAUCGGUUUGCUCGGCCUUCCUGGCGCCCUGUUACGAUACAUUGGACCUCUGACCAUCACACCCACUGUUGCUCUCAUUGGCCUCUCUGGUUUCCAAGCUGCUGGAGAAAGAGCAGGCAAACACUGGGGUAUCGCUAUGUUGACUAUUUUCCUAGUAUUGUUGUUUUCUCAAUAUGCCCGAAAUGUAAAGUUUCCUUUACCCAUUUACAAAUCCAAGAAGGGAUGGACAGCCUACAGGCUGCAGCUCUUCAAGAUGUUCCCUAUUAUCUUAGCUAUUUUGGUGUCGUGGUUGCUUUGCUUCAUCUUCACUGUGACAGACGUCUUUCCCCCUGACAGCUCCAAGUACGGCUUCUACGCUCGCACAGACGCACGCCGGGGAGUGCUGUUGGUAGCUCCGUGGUUCAAGGUUCCUUAUCCUUUUCAGUGGGGACUGCCAACAAUUUCAGCUGCUGGAGUAAUAGGAAUGCUCAGCGCCGUUGUUGCCAGCAUUAUUGAAUCAAUAGGAGAUUACUAUGCCUGUGCCAGGUUAUCUUGUGCUCCUCCUCCACCUAUUCAUGCAAUAAACAGAGGGAUUUUUAUUGAGGGUCUCUCCUGUGUUCUGGAUGGAGUAUUUGGGACAGGGAAUGGAUCAACUUCUUCCAGCCCUAACAUUGGUGUCUUGGGCAUCACAAAGGUUGGAAGUCGCAGGGUGAUUCAGUAUGGAGCAGCCUUCAUGCUCCUGCUUGGGAUGGUUGGCAAGUUCAGCGCUCUCUUUGCAUCGCUUCCUGACCCUGUGCUCGGUGCCCUCUUCUGCACUCUCUUUGGGAUGAUCACAGCUGUGGGUCUGUCUAACCUCCAGUUCAUUGACUUAAAUUCUUCUCGGAACCUGUUUGUCCUUGGAUUUUCCAUUUUCUUUGGACUUGUCCUUCCAAGCUAUCUCAAACAAAAUCCACUGGUCACAGGCAUAGCAGGCAUCGAUCAAGUCCUAAACGUCCUUCUCACUACAGCCAUGUUUGUCGGUGGCUGCGUGGCGUUUAUUUUGGAUAACACCAUUCCAGGAAGCCCUGAAGAAAGGGGAAUACAGAAAUGGAAGAAAGGGGUUGGUAAAGGAAGCAAGUCACUGGAUGGCAUGGAAACAUACGAUUUGCCUUUUGGCAUGAACUUUAUUAAGAAAUACAGGUGUUUCAGCUUCCUGCCCAUCAGCCCAACCUUCAUGGGUUACACAUGGAAAGGCUUCAGGAAAAGCAGUAACUGCAGGAGUUCAGAUGAAGACUCAGAAGCUACAGUAUAGCCUUAGCUGAAAUUCUAUUAUCUAGUUGUAGUAAAAGAUGUAUUUGCGGUUUCUUGCUGAUUAAGAAGCAUUAAAAUAUAUGUUUUGUAUAUCUGCAUUUAAAUUCUGGAACCAGAGCUGAGACAGAUUUAAAAGAGAAAAAAAAAAAAAAGCUUUCCUGUUGUGGGUGGUGGCACCAGAUUUAGUGUCUCUGGGUCAAAUCUGAUGCUCCUCUGUGUGAUUCUCAAAUGCUAGAGAUCCUUGCUCACCUAAGCCUGGUUAUUUGAAGUGGGGCUUAGUUUUCCCAAAGUAUGGAGGUGCUAUUGACAGAUGUUCCUACUUAUGGUGAUUGAUGUAAGUCAUUGACUGGUGUUUUUGGCACGUUCAUUGCUGGCAAUGGUAGUUAGGCCAGAAAAUCUGAAUCCAGUGAGAAGAGGGGAGGGGUGGAUUUACUUCUAGUCUUGUCGCAUCCCAUACAUUUGUUUUCUAUGCAUUGAUUUGCACAUUCCAUGUUUUCAGCCCCUUGGAAACCAGACUCUGUUGAUCCUGGCAAAUCAUGAGGGUGUUCCUUUGAAUUCCUGAUAAUUCAGUCCCUGUCCAGCGUUCAGACAGAAAGUUUCUGUGAUAACUUUGCCAAUGAAAACGACUGACUUCUCAUAGCUUAAAGCUGUAGGAGGAGCCACUUACUUCAGCUCAGUUUGCCUUUUCUGCCUGGCAUUUAACCACCUGAUUAGAGUGGCCAGGGCAGGUUUCCUUUAAAGGAUCACAUGUAGCUUUGGUGUUAGAGAGAUGGAAAACUUCAGGCUUCCAGAUGGAGCCCAGUAACAGUUUUUACAGCCCAAUGCCUGUAUCCAGCAGGACAUUUCCUGGAUAAAAGUGCUCAUUUGUUGAGCAGUUUUAAGCAGUUAAUGUGUGUAUCCACACUGCUCUUCAUACAGGGUAAGCCACAUGGUCACAACGCUGCUGGCAUUCCCUGGUUUGGAUCUGUGCUGAAUAUUCCCAAUUGGAUAUCAAGAGACGGUGCUGCCUACAAGCAGCUUAUGUUGCAUUGCCUUUUCUUCUCUCUUUGUGGGGCUUCUGACUGCUGCAGAGGUGAUCUUGAGACACUCCAUUUGAUGUCCUCACCCACUGGAUGGUUUCACGGGUAUUGGGUCCGGUCAGGGCACCAUUCAGAUCUUUUUUUUUCCUGGAAUAGUCUCAGCUCUGAUGUUAUGUGGGUGUUCAUGCUCAUCAUGCAUUCAUAAUUAAAAGUUUUAUUCAUGUUUAAUGUUCUUACUAUUGCAAGUUAGUUUUUAGACUUUCAGUGUGGCCCCAAAAGCGUUUUUAAGCUGUGGAGAUCAUCAGGGAAAUGUAGUGUAAUGUAAUUUCAAGGCCAGUAUGCUCUACGGUGCUUGCAUUUUGUAUUCCUGGGAAAAACCCUAACAGUAGAUCCUGUAUUUCACUCAUAUUUAUCCACGUUUGACUACUGGACAGGAGCGCAGGAACUCUGUUUUCUCUUGAGUCUACUGCCAGGUGAAUUUGUUAUUGAAGCAUGGAAGGGUUGGGGUGGGGAGGGCAAAGGCAAGAGCUUACCAGAUCAGUACUGAGUAGUGUAGCAUUGGAAUGAUUCCAUUGAUAACGUUCUCAGCAUGCCAUGGCUGUUUCCAGAAACUCUUUUAUACCACUUUUUCCCAUAACAAAAGCAUGUGUUUGUUCCUGCUUCAGGGAACUUUCAGUAGUUUGCAGUCUCGGUGUCAAUUGGACUAUGUUGAAAGCUGCUCGGAAGAGUUCUAGUGUAGUAGACAAGGUUAGUAUUGCCUGUGAAACCAAGUGAUUUUAAUCAUUGUUCAAGUUUUCCUCUUCAGGUAGAGAGGGGUUAGAUUUCCACAUCCACUUGCAGGUAGGUUGAGCACGGAGACUCUAAUCAGUGGCACGAAGCUUCCAAAUUUCCCAACUUUAUGUGCAACCAAAGAUGUGUAGGAGACAUGGGAGAGGUAAAAAAUAAAUAUAUAUAUAUAUAUAUAUGAAAGGAAUACAAAUAAAAGCCACCUAUGUACGGUGGUUGUAAGGAUGUAAAAUGCCAAAGUUGGUUAUCCUAUAAGUGUUGAGAAAGGGAGGCAAAAGGUUUUGUUUCAUUUAAACAGUGCCACCUCAGCUCUAUUGGAAUGUCAAGUCCAGCCAUGGCACUGGGCACAGAGCGCCAUGGGGCUUUGCUGGCUUCUCCCCCCAGAUACUCUUGAUAGCAGAAAUGCUGAUGCAGUCAAGAGACGAGGUGAUGAGAAGGGGCAUUUCUCUUCUCUCACCUUGGGCUCUGUGUGUUCUGUAUUGCCAUCAUAUGGAAUGGGUUGGGUUGGAAAGCACCAUAAGAUCGCCCAGUUCCAACCCCCUGCCAUGGGCACCUUCCACUAGACCAGGUUGCCUCAAGCCCAGUCCAUCCUGGCCUUGAAUACAGCUUUCACCAUACUUCAGGCAACCUUUUGUAGUGAGAAGUGACAAUUACAGUGCAACGAAUCCAAGGAUACUUGUUCUUCCUCCUUGGAGCAAAACACUCCUGUCUUGCAGCAGAGGAAAGACCAUCCGAAUAGAUCAGGUCCAGUUACUCUGUUUUAACUGUUGGAUUUAGUUCUUUUUGUGACUUUGGGUCCUACCAUGCUGAUCCUGUUGCCUGGCUGAGGGAAGUGCAGUAGCAUUUAGCCGGCGUGUUUGCUGUUCUAGCCCCUGACCUUAAUAACACUAAAGCAAGUAGUUGUAGUUAGCAGUCAUUUUUGUAACCAGAUCUGUGUCUGUAACAACUCUCUCCACGUUAUUAUGAACAUGAAUGGUUAAAGAGGAGCCUCAGGUUUGUGAAGAUCUGCUGAAGCACUUGUAAUGUGUAGUGAAGGGUUAGGAUGGAGUCAUUGGCAGCCCCUUGACCAUGCGGUUUGCUGCACCGGGCUGUGCUUUGUGGGGAGCAAAGGGUGGAAAGAGAAACUCCCCUUUGUGGUGCACCUGAAUCCGCCCCAGAGCCGCCAGUCAAAACAGAUGCAUUGCUUUGUGAGGGGAAUACCUCUGUAUUCGUGUGGGUUUUGCCAUCGUGGACCUUAAAUCCUCCUUCCAGGUCCACUUUUCCAGGCUGGCUGCUGUGGUGCUGCCGGAUGGUUUGCAGAGGAUGAACUUGCAGUGAUAAAAAGCAUUUCAGUGCAUCAUGUUGGUGGGUUCCAUCCAGGCUUUGCUGUGUGAGGGUGGCUAUAGAGACCCCACUGUAAAUGCUGUACUGUGUUUCUCCUUGCUGUGUUACUGCCUUUCAGGCUGAACUAAAAACCACCUGAGGAAAGUGACACCUGAGAGGUUGAGAUAAGAGGGGAUGAGAUGCUUCAAGCCAGCAUUUGAAGAGAGAAGGGCAAAUAUUCAUGGUAGAAAUCUCAUUUUGUCAUAUCAAAGAUGGUAUCAAUGUAUGCAAAAAAAAACAAAACUUGGGACUUUUGUAAUUGAUAUUCUCUUGUAUUCUUUUGUUUAGGUUAAAUUAAGGAUUCUUGCUAACGUUCAAGCACGUUUUCUAAAGUCAAGACUUGCAAAUUAUACCUCUGGAAAUUGAGGUUUCAUAGCCAAGAGCUAUGACUUCAUGUUGUCAUAUUAGAGUGCUUUGGCAGAGGGACUGAAAUCAGGUACCUCGCUCCUUAAAAGUUCAAACCUUAAACCCAGAAUUUGCUUUUCUGCCUUUUUAAUACUGACUUUCAAUAUGGCAACUUGGUUUGUACAUGAAUAUUGCAGUAUUUUAUUUCCAUAUAUUAAAGAUAACAUUUCCACUCAGGAUCACGAGCGCCGUGGUCCUGGGAGGGAGUGGUAUGAUUGUCAUGACAAUGUCAUGUGAUGGUAGAAUUUCUUCAUUGACGAAUCUAUAGUAGUUGUGUAUACUUUAUUUACCCAUUUUUCUGUUCCUACCAAAAAACGAAAGGGUUUCUUUUCUUGUUCAUCUCCCUACUGAGAUCUUGGUACUCCCGAUGCAGAUUGGCGCUUGCAAACUGAAAUCCUCGGUCCUGCUUAUACCACAAGGAGCAUGUUCAGAGCAUUGCAUCCUAUGUAAAAGGUGUUGGAAAGGGCAUCAUUUGUGGUACAAACAGCACUCCAGGCACACGUGGUUUAACAGCCAGCUUCUAAUGGCUUGAGUGAGCCAUUGGAUGCUGGGAUGCAAUCUAAACCAGCCUGUGCUCGAUUGUGUCUCCAUGUAGAAACGUGCGUGUGCCAGACCAGCACAACCUAUGGUGUUCCUUUCACGUGGCCUUCUGACACCAAAAGCGACUUUAUUGUCCCUCUUUCCUGUUGUUUUAAGGGGGUGGGGAGCAGCGGGUCACUCGUUUUGGCAGAAAACAUCCCUCUUGGUGCAUGUUUCUUAGGAUUUCUUCCGGCUCCCGGCCUUGGGGCCAUGGGAUGACAUGUCCUCUGUGCUCACGUAUCCAUACAGCUCUGACGGGGCAUUGCAGUAUUGGAGGAGGCCACGACUUUGCCAGUGUUUUGCUUCUGCCCAUGGGUCUGGACAGCUUCGUGCUGGGCUGCUUUGAAGUACUGGGGAUCCGUGUUCAGAGCCAUCCUGUCUCGUUCCAGUUUGACUGUGUGUUGUCAGCCGUACCUAUUGCUAGGAGAGGUAAUGGUUAGGAUUGCCUUGUGUGCUCUCUGGCAUUGACUACAUCAUCUUGCUGCCAGUCCAAAUUCUUCUACUUUGUCUCUUUCUAACAACCUUUGGCUUAACAAACUAUUGACUGUUCUUAGGCAGUGGGGAUAAAUAGAUUCCUUUUCUGUUUCCCAUGACUUCGUGACUGACUUGGGCUGUAAAACACUUGGGUUUUGUUAAACAGCAAGAAGAGGGGUUUGUUCUUUUUUCCUUUUUGGGUUUAUUUUUUGUUUUCUGAGAUGUGUAAUUCUUUCAUGGAGGGUUUUUUUUUUUGUAUUAUUAUUAUUUCAUCUUUUUUUUUCUAACAUUGCUUCAUUAAACAACUAAAUAUUUAAAAAUGUAAUAUUUGGACCAGAUGUUGUGAAUAAUAGUAGAUAAAGCUAUUUUAUUCUGUAUUUUUAAAGCUGUUCAGUAUAAAUAAACGCGGGCAUAGAUGCAA